UUGUAACUUCCUACUCCCAUCUACACAACUUAUUUCGGCUCUUAGCUUAGUGUCGUCUGCAAACUUGGACAUAAAACUUCCCAAGUUUAACUUCAUCCAAGUAAUGUUUAUAUAAUAUAUAAUAUGGCCAAUAGCUGGGGUCCCAGUACAGACCCUUGGAGGAUACCACUUGUCACAUCCCGCCAAUUAGAGAACAUCCCUUUAUCCCUUCUCUUGUUUCCUGCCUCCCAACCAAUUACAGAGUCAUGUCACAAGGUUACCUUCGACUCCAUGCGCUUCCAUUUUCACUAAUAAUCUUUUGUGUGGAACCUUAUUAAAUGCCUUCUGAAAAUCCAUAUAAAUGAUAUCCAUGGGCACUCUCUGAUCUAUCAUUUUAGUGACCUCCUCAAAAAAAUCAACUAGAUUAGUCAGACAAGCUGCCUUUCACAAACACAUGCUGACUCUCUUUGACGAGCUCAUUACCUGUCCAAGUGUUCAGUCACUGAUGAUGGAUUCGAGUAUUUUCCCAACAACUGAUGUUAAACUGACAGGAUUUUUACAAUUGGCCAGAUGAAUCUCUUGACGAGAUGGACAGUACGUUGGCGGUACAGCAGUACAUUCAGCAAAGCAUAAGGGACGAUGCAUCCGACAUUGAGAAAAUCUUGGAGCCCCCUGAUGGCCAGGACGAGGGGGUCUGGAAAUAUGAACAUCUUCGGCAGUUCUGCCUUGAAUUGAAUGACUUGGCUGUGAAGCUGCAGAGCGAAUGCCACUCAGACACAUGCACCCAAAUGACAGCCACGGAGCAGUGGAUUUUCCUGUGUGCUGCUCACAAGACUCCAAAGGAGUGUCCUGCCAUUGAUUACACCAGGCACACACUAGAUGGUGCAGCCUGCCUGCUAAACAGUAACAAGUACUUUCCCAGCAGAGUCAGCAUCAAAGAGUCGUCCGUGGCCAAGCUGGGCUCGGUGUGCCGUAGAAUCUACCGGAUAUUCUCCCACGCCUAUUUCCACCACCGCCAGAUCUUCGAUGAUUACGAGAACGAAACCUUCUUGUGUCACCGUUUCACCAAGUUUGUCAUCAAGUACAGCCUGAUGUCCAAGGAUAACCUGAUCGUGCCCAUCCUGGAGGAGGAGGUGCAGAACGCCACAGCGGGGGAGAGUGAGGCCUGAGAGAAAGCCAGGCCUCCCCAACACCCACUGCUGCAGACUAAGUUUACAAACAUCGGGUGUCGUGUCUUGUCCCAACUUCCUGCUGUAGUAAGGUAGAGAUCAAAGUGUGAUCAGAUUAAACGGGGUAACUCUGAGCUAGAGAGGGGUUGUGAUGAUUGUGUCCUUGCCAUCUUCCAUAUCUUGUUUGGGGAACGUGUGUGGUGUAUAUUUAGGAGGUUCUCCUCCCCACUUCUUUAACCCCCUCCUCCACCCUGAUUUCCCCUGACGCCCUGACACACGCUGGGUUACCUUAUCUCCUAACGUGUGCACAUCUUUUAAUAGUAUAUUUAAUGUUAACAUCAGCCAGUUGCUAUUAGAAUUGUCUGUUAGUUCCAAGGUGAUCCAGAAUUAAAGAUGGGUUUAUUUUGA